ACCUAAACCACGACUAUUUAGUUCGAAUUAAGUGCACUUAUGCGUGUGUAAAUUAAUCAUCAUUCUUAACCAUUUGGCCAACACCAACCCCCUCAUCUUUCUCUCUCUAAUCACAUUAAAAUAAUAAACCCCCUAAAAAAAAAUUAAAAAAACCCCGUGUCAUUUUUAUUAAAUAAUAACGUUUUAUAAAGCAUCUUCUCGAGCUCUCAUACAGAAGCAAUCUUCUUCCCCACCUUCCUUUUUCCGCCUUAUCUCUCCCAAAAUAAAAUAAAAUAAAAAAUAAAAAAUAAAAUAAAAAAUCGAAAACCCUAGCUUCUUCGUCUGAUUUCUUCAAUUCUUCAUCCUUACUUUUCCUUAAUUAGCUGUUCUUCUGUGUUUUAAUGGCGUCUGGAUCUUCUGGUUCAAAAGGUUUUGAUUUCGCUUCGGAUGAUAUAUUAUGCUCCUACGAAGAUUAUGUUAAUCAGGAAUCGUCUAAUGGAAGUCACUCCGAUCCGUCUGUUGGAGCUAACGCUAACAAGCAGGAUUUUCAGAAAAGCAGGAUUUCAAGGUCGUCAGUGUUUCCUACAUCUAAUGCUUACAAUCAGCCCGAGGAAUCUUUGAGUCAAGAAAUGAUUUCAGUAGUUGAAAGGACCAUGAAAAAGUAUGCUGACAAUCUCAUGCGUUUCCUGGAGGGAAUCAGUUCCCGUCUCUCACAGUUGGAAUUGUAUUGCUACAACCUUGAUAAGUCAAUUGGAGAAAUGCGCUCUGAUUUAGGCCGUGAUCACGGGGAAGCAGAUUCUAAGCUGAAAUUUCUGGAAAAACAUCUUCAAGAAGUCCACAGAUCAGUCCAGAUACUUAGGGACAAGCAAGAAUUAGCCGAAACGCAAAAAGAACUUGCUAAGCUUCAGCUUGCACAGAAGGAAUCGUCGGCUGGAGCACAAGAUGAGAGAGCUACUGUAUCUGCCUCCGAGACAAAGAAUGAUGAUGUAUCAGAUACUCCUAACACCCAACUGGCUCUGGCCCUGCCUAAUCAAAUUGCCCAACAACCUUCCCACCCUGCUGCUCAGCAGCAGUCUAUUGCACCUUCACAACCGUCAUCACAAAGUCAUAGCCAGAUGCAGUCUUAUUAUUUACCUUCUAAUCAGUUACCAAAUCCUCAAGCUCAGUCACAUCCAUCAUAUCUUGCAGCUGAUGCCCAGUAUCGAGCUCCUCAGAUAGCACCACAAGCUCCCCAACAAUCACAAACUCAAGCAAGUCAGACUCCACAGACCCAACAAUAUCCUCAGUAUCAGCAGUGGCCCCAGCAAGUUUCCCAGCCUAUGCAAAUGCCACACCAACCACCAGUACAACCACCCCAGCAAUCACCAAUGCCCCCAUCCCAGCAACCACCAAUGCAACAACCGAAUCAGAUCAGAGCUCCAGCUCCCCAGUCAAAUAUCUAUCCUCCAUACAUGCCUAGUCAACCUGCAAAUCCGCCUCCUUCAGAGGCAAUAUCAAGCAGCAUGCCAAUGCAGAUGUCGUUUCAAGGAAUACCACAGGCAGGAGUUAAUCGUCCAGAAGGAAUGCCUUAUGGGUAUGGUGGCCCUAGUAGACCUAUUCAACCCCAGCCUUCCCCUCCACAUAUGAAGGCUGGCUUUUCAUCUCAGCCAGGUGAUGGAUAUGCAACUAGUGGAUCUCACCAACCAAUCUCUUCCGCAGGGACAUACAUGUUAUAUGACAGUGAAGGAGGUCGAUCUCAUCACCCUCCUCAACCAAGUCACUACUCUCAAGGCAGCUAUCCUCCUACAAAUCCUUCAGUUCCAAACAUGCCUCCCCCAAGCAGUAACAAUCUUAUGAUUCGCAGCCCUGCCCCUCAGCAAUACGUUCGCAACCAUCCUUAUAAUGAGCUCGUUGAUAAGUUGGUGAGCAUGGGGUACAGGGGUGAUCAUGUUAUGAGUGUGAUUCAAAGGCUGGAGGAAAGUGGGCAACCUGUAGAUUUUAAUGCUGUGCUUGACAGGUUGAAUGGUCAUUCUUCAGGGGGUUCUCAACAAAGCUGGUAAUGUUUAAAAUAAAUCCCGGUGUAGUGCAACUGCAUCUAUUAUCAUUGGAGUUGCACUGUCUAUCAAUGUUUAUAAUAAAAGCCUAAUAUGAUAUGCACGGUAUUUGGUUGCAUUUGGAUAUAGAGGUCCAAGAUCAUUGUAUAUUUGGAUAUGCUACAAGUUGUCUUUCAGUACCCAGACUUCUUGAAGGAUUGUGACAGUCUGACUAUUUUAUUAUGUGAGAUUGUCUCUUUAUUUACCAGCUGUAGCUUAGUAUAUCUUCACUUUAGGGUUUGUCAUUGUGUUGCUUGAUUCCUAUUGAUAUAAUGAUAUGUAUCAAGUUCUGUUGAAAAUCUUUGUCUGGUUUGGAGAAUUAUUCAAGGCUCA